AUGGCAAAAAACACCGAAGUCUUAGAGCCGUCUCACACCCAUGUUAGCCACGUUGAGAGUCAUGUCAAAGGAGAGCAGAACCUCAUUGAGGACUCUGCUCCUGGCCUCUUCCUCAACUUAUGCGUUGUUGCAACAGCAAUUGGUGGAAUGCUGUUUGGCUACGACACUGGUGUCAUCUCUGGCGUGCUCGUUGUUCUUGGAGAUGACCUUGACGGUCGGUUCAUGAGCCCUAGUGAGAAAGAGCUUAUUACUGCUCUUUGUGCUGCUGGAGCUUUUGUUGGAGCCAUCAUAGCUGGAGUCACAGCAGACAAGUAUGGACGAAAGCCUGCUAUCUGGUUUGCCUCGGUGCUCUUCACAAUCGGCGCUGUUGUGCAAGCUUCUUCAUACUCGCUGAUCCAGAUGUGUGUUGGCCGAGUUCUUGUCGGCCUGGGAGUUGGCUCAGCCUCUAUGGUAGUUAUUCCUCUCUACAUUGCAGAAAUCGCUCCUGCCAAGUACCGCGGCCGAAUGAUCUCGAUCGAUAUGGUUUUCCUAGCAACUGGCUCCCUCCUCGCCUAUGCUUUUGAUGCAGCCUUCUAUAAAGUCAAUCAUGGCUGGCGAUACAUGGUGGGACUAGGAGCACUUCCGUCUAUUCUCCUUGGAGUUCUUCUGUUUUGGUGUCCUGAGUCACCUCGGCAGCUGUGCUUCCAUAAUAGACCGGAGGAGUGUCUUCAUGUCCUGCAACGUAUGUAUCCCACUGCCAACGAAACCCAAGUCGCUCAGAUGAUGGCCGACAUCCAAUAUGGUGUCGCACAGGCGAAGGCUCUGAACGAAGAGAUCUCAGUCCGCCAAUCUCUCAAGAGUCUCAUAACUGUCCCUGCCAAUCGCAGAGCCGCCAUUGUCGCAUGCGGUCUGAUGGCCACUCAACAACUCUGUGGCUUCAAUACUAUGAUGUACUAUUCGAGUACUCUCUUCCAGAUUGUCGGUUUCAAUAAUCCUAUUGCUGUUGGGACUAUUGUAACGGCCACAAACUGGAUUUUCACAUUCGCUUCUGUCUUCCUUAUUGACAGAGUUGGACGUCGCAGACUCUUGCUCUGGACUAUGUGGGGAAUGUCUGUCUUUCUCCUACUAGCAGCCGGAGUAUUUACCAAGAUACCCAUUGAUCAGCAGACCCUGCAACUCACCAACGACUCAGUUGGCUGGCCUGCUAUUGUGGUACUUGUCUCUAUGAUCCUUUUUGUUGCCAGCUAUGCUGCUGGCCUGGGAUGUGUGCCUUGGCAAGCCAACGAAUUCCUCCCCAUGGAGGUCCGUGCUAUAGGUACCAUGAUGAUUAACAUCUGCAACUGGGGCCCUAAUAUCAUCGUGUCGUCUACGUUCUUGUCGAUGAUGCGCGGGAUUUCCCCAUCAGGAACCUUUGGCUUUUACGCUGCAUUGUCGUUUAUUGGUUUUGUUUUCGUAUUUUUCUGUUACCCUGAGGCUGCUGGUAUGACAUUAGAAGAGAUUCGUGUUGUCUUUGACCAUGGGUUUGGUGUUCGUUAUGCGGAGGAAUGGCGCACACAGAGAAAGUUAGGCAAUAUUACUCAUGGGGCAAACGAAGCUACACAGAAGGUUGUUUGA